CGCUCUCCAUUAUCUGAUUUUCUCAAUACAAAAACACACAAAAAAACAGAAAAAGAAAAAAAAAAUCAGUCAAUCGUUGACUCAUCGAUCUCAGCAGCAGUUCAGUUGAAGCCCAUGGCGGAAAAUCAAAUCUGUUCCUCUCUCUCUCUCUACGCGCGAUGAUUCAUCUACUUCUACUCCUACUUCUCCUCUCCGGCGCCACCAACGGCCGCGAUUUCACGAUAGAGGAAGCCACAAUCGACGACGUGCAGCGCGCAUUCACCGAAGAGAAGCUCACUUCCCGCCAACUCGUCGAGUACUACCUGGACCGCAUCGAGAGCCUGAAUCCGGUGCUCCGCGGGGUGAUCGAGGUGAAUCCCGACGCCGUCGAUCAAGCGGAGAGAGCCGACUCCGAGAGGCGGAGGAUCGACGGAGGCCGCCCGUCGCUGCACGGCAUUCCGGUGCUCCUCAAGGACAGCAUAGCUACCGACGAUAAGCUGAACACCACCGGCGGAUCCUACGCGCUGCUCGGCGCGGUGGCGCCGCGCGACGCCGGAGUGGUGGCGAGGCUGAGGAACGCCGGCGCGGUGAUUGUGGGGAAGGCGAGCAUGAGCGAGUGGUACCAUUUCCGAUCCUACGAUAUUCCCGACGGAUGGUGCGCUAGAGCCGGACAGGGUUUGAAUCCUUAUGUGAAAGGUGGAGAUCCCUGUGGCUCAAGCAGUGGAUCAGCAAUCUCAGUAGCUGCAAACAUGGCUAUGGUGUCUCUGGGAACGGAGACGGACGGAUCCCUCAUCUGCCCCGGUGAUCGCAACUCUGUUGUCGCUCUCAAGCCUACUGUCGGGCUAACGAGCCGAGCUGGUGUCAUCCCUCUCUCGCCCCGCCAGGACACUGGGGGGCCGAUAAGCAGAACAGUAUCCGAUGCUGCUCAUGUGUUGGAUUCUAUUGUUGGCCGUGAUCCAAGAGAUGCUGAAGCAACAGAUGCAGCAUCGAGGUUCAUUCCAACGGGCGGCUAUGCGCAGUUUCUCAAAGAAGAUGGGCUCAAGGGGAAGAGAUUGGGUGUGGUGAGGCAUCCAUUCUUGAAGCUCUCAAAUGCAUCUUCAAGAAAUUCGAUCUUUGAAGAUCAUCUUCGAACUCUAAGGGAGAAAGGUGCAGUGGUGGUAGAUGAUCUAGAGAUACAAAACAUUGAUGUGAUCUUGAAUCCAUUACUAUGUGGUGAGGCAUUGGCUUUGUUGGCCGAGUUCAAGCUCAACCUAAACAACUACUUAACCGAGCUCACUGCUUCCCCGGUCAGAUCUCUAUCAGACAUCAUCAUCUUCAACCAAAACCAUCCGUUGCAGGAAAGAACUGCCGAGCUAGGGCAGGAUAUUCUCGUUGCAGCCGACGCGACGGAUGGGGUCGGGGAGGGGGAGAGGCGGGCUAUCGAGAUGAUGGAGAAGCUGUCGAGAGAUGGGUUUGAGAAGUUGAUGGUGGAGAAUGAGUUGGAUGCGAUGGUGACGUUGGGGGCGGACGCGUCGCCCGUGAUGGCCAUCGGAGGGUUCCCGGCCAUCACGGUCCCGGCCGGGUACGACUCCGACGGCAUGCCGUUUGGUGUCUUCUUUGGUGGGCUUAGAGGCGCGGAACCUACGCUGAUCGAGAUUGCAUACGCCUUCGAACAAGCUACGCUGCUGCGGAAGCCCCCUUCUCUCACAUCAAUCACCUUAUCUUGUAUGUGGCGCGCAAAUCUUGAGAUGAAUCGGUUUUCUUUGUCCGUUCUCACACCUCUUCCUCAUCCGUCUCAAUCAAGCAAUCCAGGUCAAACCUCCGAGGUUUCGCAGAAUUCCGCCAUGGAAGAGCUGGAUUUCAAUGUAGAAGAAGCCACCAUCAAAUCAAUCCAACAAGCAUUCGCAGAGGGCAAGCUCACCGCCAGAAACCUAGUGGAUUUCUACCUGUACCAGAUCGAGCACCUCAAUCCCCUGCUCCGCGCCGUGAUCGAGGUGAACCCCGACGCGCAGCUACUGGCGGACGAAUCGGACAAGGCGAGGAGCAGAAACGCUGAUUUGGGGGAGCUGCACGGCAUUCCGGUGCUCCUCAAGGACACGAUCGGCACGCGCGACAGGCUCAGCACCACCGCCGGCUCCUACGCGCUGCUCGGAUCCAAGGUGCGACGCGACGCCGCCGUGGUGGAGCGCCUGAGGAGGAGCGGCGCCGUGAUUUUGGGGAAGGCGAGCUUGAGUGAGUGGUAUAGGUUCCGGUCUCUAAGUGGAGUCCCCGAUGGCUGGUGCGCUCGAUCCGGACAAGGAGUGAAUCCGUAUGUAUCAUCUGGGACGCCGUGUGGAUCGAGCAGUGGAUCCGCAAUAUCAGUGGCUGCAAACAUGGUGUGUGUCUCCCUCGGGACCGAGACGCACAGCUCCAUCAUCUGCCCCUCCGAUCACAACUCCGUCGUGGGGAUAAAGCCCACCGUUGGCCUCACCAGCCGAGCAGGGGUCAUACCAAUGACCCCCCGCUGGGACACAAUCGGGCCGAUAUGCAGGACUGUAUCGGAUGCAGUUCAUGUGCUGGAUGUGAUAGCUGGCUUCGACCCGAGUGAUGAAGCAACGAGGGAGGCGGCCAAGUACAUCCCCGAAGGCGGCUACAAACAGUUUCUCAACGAAGAUGGUCUCAAGGGGAAGAGGCUCGGCGUAGUUAGGCAUCCGUUCAUGGAGAUAAUGCAGGGGACUGCUGAAUCUGCAGCGUUCGAGCUUCACUUAGAUACAAUGAGGCAUAGAGGAGCACGAGUGAUGGACAACUUGAAGAUAGAUGAAAUAGAGACGAUUCUUGAUCCGAAUCAGAGUGGUGAGAUCAUAAUCAUGGCGGCCGACUUCAAGGCGCACAUAAACGUUUACCUAAACGAAGAAGUGGAUGAUUCUCCUGUGCAUUCUUUAGCCGAUAUCAUCGCCUUCAAUGAAGAUAAUGCCGAGUUGGAAAUGCUGAAGGAGUACGAUCAGAACACCUUCAUAGAAGCCGAGAAGACGAACGGGCUGGGCGAGCGCGAGGAGGCUAUAGUGGAGAAUCUGGCGAAGCUCUCGAUAAACGGAUUCGAGAAAGUGAUGAAGGAACACAAAUUAGACGCGAUGGUGACACCGGGGUCUCGUGCUAGCCCUGUCUACGCGAUUGGAGGGUAUCCGGCAAUCACUGUUCCGGCUGGCUACGAGACAGACGGGAUGCCGUUCGGGAUCUGCUUCGGAGGAUUGAGAGGCAGCGAGCCUAAGCUUAUUCAGAUUUCUUAUGCAUUCGAGCAAGUUACGAAGGUUCGGAAACCUCCUUCUCUCGCGCUUUGAAUGUUGGAAGUUUUCACUUGUUUUUAGUUGUUUUGAACUCAAAUUUUGCUACUCUUGCAUUAGUGUUGCUACUAGGAACUUUGCUACAUUGAUUUUAGCUUUGUUUAUGUUGAUCUUGUUUUUACA